AUGACAAAGUUAAUUCUAAUUAGACACGGUGAAACAAAAUGGAAUUUAUUAGGGAAAAUCCAAGGAUGUACAGAUAUUGAAUUAACUUCUAAUGGAAUUCAACAAGCAAAUGAAGUUGCACAACAAAUCAAUGGAAAGUUUGAUAUCAUUUAUUCAUCACCAUUACGUCGUGCAUUAGUUACAGCUAAAAAAAUAGCAGGAGAUAAAGAAGUACAUUUAAUUGAAGAUAUGAAAGAAAUACCAUUUGGGACAUGGGAAGGACAUACUUUUGAAGAAUUAAAUGGAGACACAAAUUACAAAAAAUUCCUUUCAGGAGAGGAUGGGUCUCCAUUUGAUUCUACUGGAAUGAGUAUUACCUCAUGGUCUAAAAAGAAUGCACAAUUAUUAUUGGAUUUGUGCAAACAAAAUGAAGGAAAAACUAUUGUUUGUGUGAGUCAUGGUGCUUGGAUUAAAACGUCAAUUCUUGGAUUGUUAGAAUUAGAACCAACUAUGUAUCAUAAAUUUCAAUUAGGUAAUACAGGAAUAACGACAUUCAUUUUUCAACAUGGCCAUCCAGUAUUAACAUGCUUUAAUUCUACACAACAUUUAUUAACAGAGAAUAAAAGUAAAACUGGAUAA